AUGCCUAUCGAGACCUCCCCAAUCCCCUUCAAACAGCUUCAACUCCCUUACACACCCCUCUUUGACCCUACCGCCAACCCUGAAAUUGCUCCCAAUGGUAGCAUGCUCGGUGCCGGGUCAGGUAUGGGCAUGGACAUGGGUAUGGGCAACGGCAUGAACCCGCUGAGUCACGGCCCUGCCAGUGUCGCCGCUAGCGCCAUCAUCGGUCCCUCUCCCGGUGGGGUCGCAGGGCCUCAUCACGCGAUCCCCGCUCUUCCCGACGCGGGCUAUACCGCUCCCACCAUGCGCGCCGCCUCGCUUGCUGCGUACGCACAGGGCCGUGCGCACCCCGGCUCCCUCGUCGGAGGAAUGGGUGGCGAGGGGUCGGUAUACGCCGGAGGAUCGCUGUACGGCGGGGCGGAGCAGUACCCCGGCGGCGGCGGUGGCGGGGGACACCACCAUCAAGGCCCGAGUCAGCUUGGUACAGUGUACUCUGACGGGUGCAUCACCAAGAUGGGGAGCGCGGACGAGAGCCCGACAGAUCCCCCUAUUCUGCAGGUCAUCAUCACUACCACCACCACCAUCACUCUCCGCAUCGGGACGAUCAAGGCGACUUUGACGACGGAACCUCCGACGCCUCAUACUACGCCAUGCCACGUCGCCAUGCACAUGCUCAGCACCACCGCUCGUCCUCUCAGGGGUCCAGUGCCUCAGACUUGUCCAGUCCUGAAGGCCGUCGAGGCGACGGAAAGGAUAAGGGAAACCUUCACCGGCGUACUCUUCCCUCCAACCACCAAGCCGGUGCUCACGGACACGUCGGACACGGAGACCGGCACAGAUCGCCAAGCACCUCUGCCCCUGGUUCACCGGGGGACCACCACCAUCACUCCCCCAUCUCCCCCUCGCCAUUGCGCGACAGAGAGGAGGAUGGUCGCCGCGGGCCAAGGACAGGUCGGCGAUCGAGUCUCGGACUAG